GCACUACAUAGGGCGUGUACCUAGUACACUAUUCUGCCUAACGAGCCGCCAUUUUGGAUUCAUUUGUGGCUUCACAAAGACGCCGCAGUUUCACCGAGAGAUCUUCCGUUCGACGCGACUGACUGUGUAACUCGGAAUUAUUCUAUUUAGCGCGAUGCCUAAAUCAAAGGAAGUGCUUUCUUCAACAUCCAGCAGUGACUCAGACAGUGAAGCUGACACAAAGCCUAAACGGAAGAAGCAGAUGACAGAGAAACCAGCAAAGAAACAGAAGAGUGGAGAGUCAUCAAAGACAUCCGGUGCAUCAAAAAGCGGGGGAGGCAGCAGCAAUAAAAAAGAUAACAUGUUCCAGAUAGGGAAGAUGAGGUAUGUGAGUGUGCGAGAGUUCAAAGGGAAAGUCCUCAUCGAUAUCCGUGAGUACUGGAUGGACCAGGAAGGAGAAAUGAAACCGGGAAAGAAAGGUAAGAAAGGCCCUGCCUUUGUUACGUUUGAGUUAGCACUGAUUAAGCUACUACAGCAAAGACUGUAGUGUCAUGAUGUCAAAUGAAUGUGCCCAAAGUUCUCAGAUCCAUACAAGAGAGAAUUUAAAUGUAACAGCAGCAAGGCUUUGGCUAUAAGAAGCCUUUGUUAUUGUCACAUACAUUACAGCACACUGGAAUUAUUUUUUUCACAUUUUCCAGCUUUAGAAGUCAGACAUUGUUCAGCACUCUGGAGCAGUGAGGGUUAAGGGCUUUGCUCAUGGGCCCAACAUUGGCAGCUUAGCAGCACUGGAGCUUAAGCCCCUGAGUUUCUGUUCAAUGGCCCUCUUGAUUUUACAUUUCUUUCACGUAAAAUAAAAAGCACAAACUCACAAGUUGACACUAAUGAUGCAACAGUCUGAAUGAAGAAGCAUUUAUUUUAUAUUAGGCAAGGAAAGGCAAGUUUAUUUGUAUAGCACAUUUCAUACACAGAGGUCAUUCAAAGUGCUUUACAUAGAAAUUAGAAAACAGUUUAUAUAGAAAUUAGAAAACACGAGAUUAUUAUUAAAUUUUUCCUAAAAUCAAAUUUACUAAAAAAAUGUUUCAUCAAAUCCUGUUGGUAGCAACAUCUUUAUCAAAAUGACAUUUUGUACAAGAUACCGUUUGGGUUAGUUUCACAAAGGAGCUCAUAAUGGUGUCGAGGUAGUGCAGAAUCUUCGGUACUUUCAAUUACUUUUGCUCAAAAUUUGCUUUCUGUUUACUUGCAGUUUUAAAUCACAUUCAAGCUUCAUCGAGGCUUAAAUGAUAUUAAACCUUCCUUACUAAAGGCAUGUAUGUUUCCUGGAGCUUUAAAGUACCUGGAAACUUAAAGCAUUCAAAUGUGCACUGUUUUAUUUUUGAAUAGGUAAAUAGUAUGAAAAUCCGAAUGACGUGCAUUCCAGAGCCCUGCUACUUACACAGUAUCGGUCACGAAAAACAAAAAUGUGAUCACAACCAUAACAUGGAAUAUGGAGCUUAAAAACCAUCAUUCUCAAUCUUUCUAACUGAAUAUAUAUAUAAUAUAAUAUGAAUAUAAAACAAGCUUGGUUAGGGGAUAAAAUGUGUAUAUUGUAAUUUGAAUCAUUUCUUUUAAAACAUGGUCUGUUCUGAUAAAUGUCCUGAUUUGCUCCCAUCUUAGGGAUUUCUCUGAACCCUGAGCAGUGGAACCAGCUGAAAGAGCAGAUCGACGAUAUCGACGAUGCCUUGAGGAGAAUA